UUUUUUUUUUGACAGAACGAGAAAAAAAUAAAAAUAAAAAAUUUGAACCACAUCUCCACUUUAAAGCUAUUUAGUGCCACUUCUUUCCGUGAACUGUAAGUAAAUUCCCCUUAUUUAAAAACGCAAUGAGGGCCGUCAUUCAAAGAGUCACCAAAGCCAGUGUUACAGUUGAGGGACAAGUCGUAAGUUCCAUACAAAAAGGACUGUGUGUUUUACUUGGUAUUGGCACCGACGAUACAGACAAAGAUGUAGAUUACAUGGUCAAUAAAAUUCUAAAUGUUCGAGUGUUUGAUGAUAAUGGAGUAAUGUGGAAGAAAGGAGUAAAAGAUGCUGGAUUAGAGUUACUCUGUGUCUCUCAAUUUACACUGCAAGGCCAAACUGUGAAAGGAAACAAACCAGAUUUUCAUAGAGCUAUGAAGUCAGAAUCAGCUAAAGCCAUGUAUGAGCAAUUUUUACAAAAAAUUGGCAAAGCUUAUGAUCCAUCUAAAAUUAAAGAUGGUGUAUUUGGUGCUAUGAUGCUUGUUGAUAUUAGCAAUGACGGUCCUGUUACAUUAGAACUCGACUCUAGAAAAUUCACCUAUGACUCCUAGAAGACAGAAAACCAUUCCUUUAAAGCUCGCUAGGAGCGAUCUAAUUCUUCAAAGUAGGAAGCAGAGCAAAUGAAUAGAAACACAUCAAUAAAAAUAUUAGACUUUUCGAAUAAAUAAUUUUUGUUUAAAAUUACAAAGGAUCAAAAAAAAAAAAAAGAA